UGCGGAUGCUGCUGCCAGGGCUCUAUGAUCCGGCUGAGGUCCCCCGAAGAGGAAGAAAACAGCCUUAAGGUAAACCACCUGAGACUUGCAGUGUCACAAGAUGAUGACAGACUCCUUGACGACAUGCUGUGUCAGGAAAUCUUCAAGAAGGUCAUCAACUUCAGAGGUGGCUGGGGCAUUGCGGGCACUCCUCUGCGGCUGGCAGCUUCAAAAGGCCAUCUCAGGUGUCUGCAGGUCCUCCUGGCCCAUGGCGCCGACAUAGACUGUGUGGAUAUCAAGGCCCAGACGCCCCUCUUCACGGCUGUGUGUGGGAAGUAUCUGGACUGCGUCCUCGCUCUCCUUCGAGCCGGGGCAAACCCCAACGGCAGCUCCUCCAACAACUGCUCCCCUGUCCUCACUGCCACCAGGGAAGGGGACGUGGAGAUACUGCAGGAACUGCUGAAACAUGGUGCAGAGGUUAAUUCCCGCUCCAAAGUCUUGCUUUGGACUUCAAGUGCGAGUUUUACUAGUGGCCCACUCUAUCUCGCCGCUAUUUACGGACACAUGGAGUGUUUUAAAGUCUUGCUCCUCUAUGGAGCGGAUCCAGAUUACAACUGCACAGACUUGAAGCUUCGGAGUAAAAUCAAGAAGCCCAAAACUGUGCUUGAGAUGUGUCUUCGGCAUGGCUGUGGCAUGGAGUACAUCCAGCUUUUGAUUGAAUUUGGCGCAAACGUCUACCUCCCUACGCUGAUCAUUGAGAAGUCCACGAAGCAAAAUGAGGCUGUGGAACUGCUUCUACGAGAGAGAGGAAGCCCAAAGUCUCUGUCAUCCCAGUGCAGACUGGCUAUCCGGGGACACAUGAAGAAGAUCAACAGAAUCCAACACAUUGAUCAACUGGAGCUGCCGCCAUGCCUCAUCAACUUCCUGCAAUACAAGACGGCACCACUUAUUCUGUAGAUCUAUAGUUCUACAGAAGACUAAAGUGCUGCUAGCUCGUGUGAAUUACAUUAUGUGUAAACUGGAGUUCAAAAUGAAGUGAGGCUCUAGUGGUUUUAUUCUUUAGUUCUGCUGUCAUGUUUUCCAUCUGCUCCUUGCACCAGAUGUCAUAAGAUUUUAAAAGCCUACUGGGGUUUUUUUGGGUCCCAGUUUAUGGUUUCUUCUCUACUGAAGUCUAUAACAGACAAUACAGUUUAUUCUUUAUUACAGUAAACUCAUGGGUGGAAGUCUGUUGUGGAUGAAAAUAGUUCAGUUACAUUCAUCACUGAUUUUUCUUCAUUUAUUAGAUAAGAGAUAUGGUUAAAAAUGUAGUUUUAGCAAGGGAAACCAUUUUCAGUGGCUUAAGUAGAACUACUGCCGGUUAAGAGCAGCAUUCCCAUCAUUUCAGGCCACACAAUUGAAAGUAUGACUAAAAUAUACCAAAAAAAAUGUAUAUAAAAUAUCAACACUCAGCCUCUGAUUUCUGUUCACAUUUUCAGAGAAAAUGUCACUUGUACUUACAAAUUGGAAAAACUACUAAAAUCAACAUUAAUUCAUCCUAGUAUUACCCAGCCAGUUGACCAGCAGAAAAAAGGGUUUAACAAGAUGGAAACCUUCCAUUGAAUAAUUGUUAAUAACGCUUGGCGUCAUGACUUCCCUAGUUUGCUCUUUUCUAAUUUGUUCAUAAACUUCGAUGGACUUGGAACCAACAACAGAAUUGACCAUAGAUCUGCAGGUCUGGACAGCCAGAUUAUCGUGUUUUUUUCUCUGUUUUUCACCGUGAAGUUGUCAUGUCUGCUCUUUAUGUGCUAAUGCUGUUAGACCUAUUGUGAAUUUAAAAUAUUAAAUGCCUGUGGUUAUGCUGCAUUCUCACAUGUAGGAGUUUGCA